GCUAGAUGAAAUCCCAACUAGUACCCAAAGCACCGGUACCAUGCAGGCAUGAAAUAAAACACUUUCCGUUUUAGGGAAUUAUGGAUGCAAAUUGCCAUGCUACUGAUCCGUUGCACUCCCAGAAAAGCACACACUGCUUAUGCCAGCAAUAACACAGUUUGCUCACACACACCUAGUUACAGGACUGGCGCUCUUAGGCUUAUGCAUGUCGCAGCUGGUAUCUCGUGCGGCAACCCCCUCAAUUGACUUCGAUGGAUACCCUGGUUCAAGAGGAGCUAGUCCAGGGUGAUGAGACUUCACCGCUCUUUUUAGGCACAGGCUCAGUAAACUUAGAUUACGGACCACUAGUUUUGGUGGAAGGUGUUGACCUGGCGGCCGAACGCAGACUGGUCAAUUCUCUAGAUAUGCGCCUUCUUCCCGUCUUGGCUUUGAUGUAUCUGUGUAGCGCGCUUGACAGAGGCAAUCUCGGUAACGCAGAAUCCGCCGGCCUGAGCAGAGAUCUCCAUUUACAUGGACACCAGUUCUCACUCAUUGUCACGGCUCUCAAUGUCCCGUUUGCUUGUCUCACUGUCCCCGGGGUGAUGAUGUCAAGACGGAUUGGAGCUCAUUUGGCAAUGCCAGCAUACAUGUGAUGCUGGGGCACCAUGUGUUUGCUCAAUGCGGUUGUAACAAACUUCACAGAAAUGAUGGUUGUACGUUUCUUUCUGGGGGUAGCCGAGGCUGGAAUGGCCCCUACCCUGAUAUUCUAUUUGACUAGCUUCUACACUCGGUCAGAACUAGCACAGCGCAUCUGUGCCUUUUACAGCAUGCUUGCGGUUGCGGGUGCGUUUUCUGGUCUUUUGAGUUAUGGUAUCUGUCAGGUCGACAACAACUGGCAGGGAUGGCGCGUUCUCUUCCUUGUCGAAGGUGUUCUCACAAUUGUGCUUGCCCUUAUCUCGAGGGGAGUUCUCCCAAGAGGCAUCAAUGCCUGUUCAUUCUGGUCUGAUGAAAGUCGUAUGUUGGCUCGACGACGUAUCCUUCGUGAUUCGAGCACGAUGAUCGAAGAAGAACAUAGCCUCGCGACAUUCUUUGCACCUCUCCAAGAACCUAUGUUAUAUAUAUUCUUCCUGGUUGGACUAUGCUAUGGCACAAGUGGCGCCGUCGCAGGUACUUUCUUACCCCUUGUGAUGGCCCGAAUGGGGUUCGAUCCUGCACAGACAAAUCUUCUUACCGUCGGGCCAAAUGUACUUGGAGCAUUCUGCGUAUACAUAACGGCCAAAUCUUCUGAUUAUUUCAGGGAGCGUUCGCUACAUCUCCUGGCUGCCAUGAGCGUGACUUUUCUGGGCCUCGUCAUCUUGCUCGUUGGAUCUUCCACAAACCUAGCCGUCAAUUAUGGGGCAUGCUUCCUAAUAUCUGCGGGCGCUUUUACACCCUCUGUCCUAUUUCACACAUGGCAUAAUUGUAACGACGCAUCCCAUGACGGCCGAGCUUUUCGAACUGGGUUACUGACUUUGGCGACAAACUCCGGUGGUAUUGUUGCUGCAAAUAUAUUCCUCUCCUGGGAAGCACCCAGGUACACAACAGCAAUUCUGGCAUCAGCCCUGUUAGAGGGAGUCGGUAUUACGCUGGUGCUGUCAACCCGAUUAUGGAUGAUGCGCGACAACAACCGAAGGGAUCAGCUGGAAGGAAUCACCAGGAGCACGAAGGAUAUUUCAAGUGCAUUGACUGCAAAGGGCACAAAACACGCGUCCUUCAG